ACCACUUCCGGGCCCAAGCGUUGCACUGAGCAGAAGGACAAAAUCCUGUGGAGGUUUCCCAGAGGGACGAUGGCUACCUACAGCCUGGCGAACGAGCGACUACGCGCCCUGGAAGACAUCGAACGGGAAAUCGGCGCCAUCCUCCAGAAUGCAGGUACAGUGAUCCUGGAACUAUCGAAGGAAAAAACCAAUGAGCGGCUCCUAGACCGGCAGGCGGCAGCCUUCACUGCUUCGGUGCAGCACGUGGAGGCGGAGCUAUCGGCUCAGAUCCGCUACCUCACCCAGGUGGCCACUGGGCAGCCCCAUGAGGGCUCCAGCUACUCCUCAAGGAAGGACUGUCAGAUGGCUCUGAAGCGAGUAGACUAUGCCCGCCUCAAGCUCAGUGAUGUGGCCCGCACCUGUGAACAGAUGCUGGAGAACUAAACCAAGGAGGUGUAUCCAGAGUGUGGAGGGAGACCAUGACCUGCACCCUGGGCAGAACUUAGAAGCUUGCAGGAUGGGGAACAGGAACUGAAACAUACAUGCUCUGCUGGUCAGAGAAGACUAAGACAAGGACCAGAAGGUGGAAAUGGAGAAACUAAAGCCCAGUCCUGCCCACAGAUGUGGCCUGAGUCCUCCAGCAGGGUGCUCUUGCUUUGCAUUUAGCAAGUUCAGGAGAUGGACAUUCAGUUGCCAAACCCACUUCCUCAUGUCCAUCAUGCCCCUGCCCCAGGCUCCCAAAGAUAGCCUAAUGAAGAUAUGUUCUUCCUUACUGGAAGAUAUACAAAACAAAAACUAAGGGUUUUAUUAAUAAAAGCAACAGCAAUUUUUUUUUAAAUAAAUCAGAUUCUUUACUGGGGUAUAUAUGAAUUAUGCAAGGGAUUGAAGAAGUAAACCCAACCUGAACAGCAUCAGCACAAAGCCACUGAGGAGGAAAAGUGGGAGAGCCCCAGACCUUUGGUGUGGAUUUGGAGAGGAACCGCUGAUGUAGUGUGCAGGGAGACUUGUGACUAGGCGGGGACCAUAACCAGUAAAAUGAAGACAGGAGUCAUGGUAAGGGGCAAGGGCCUGAAGCAAAUAUCUAUACAGAAAAGAGUCAAUAAUUCUAAAAAAAAAAAAAAUUUUUUGUAGUGCUGGAAUUGACCCAGGAACAUUCUAUCUCUUGAGCUACAUUCCCAGUCCUUUUUAUUUUGAGACAGGGUCCUGCUUCAUUGUCCAGGCUGGCAUCAAACUUAAGAACCUCCUGCCUCAGCUUCCCAAGUCACUGG